AUGAAAGCCGUAGACGAGGCUGCUGAAGAUCGCAAACUUCUUGAACUCGAUGCAUCCGCAAAGGCCUUCAACACCGGGAAAGCUUUACCACCAAAUGCCGACCACGUGGAAGAUCACGAAUUUCUGACACCGAAGGAAAUUUCAUUGAUUUCGGAGAUCAUUCAAAGGAUCACGAAAAAUGUCCUAGAAAAUGACCUCGAAGUGCAUUUCCCGGAUGCGUCCCCGGGUACGAAACCAAAAGCCAUCAAACUGCCCUCAGGGGUUAGUGUAGCAAUCGAACCCGGCCAAACAUUGACACUCGGCGCCAACGGUGAGGUCAUCACAGCUGCUUCAGGCGACUGUGAUCCAGAGAGUGACCCAUCAUGCGUAAGUUCCCAAGUCAAUGGCAGAGACUCUGGAAGCAUUCACGUGCACUUGUCAAAUGGAACAACGGUUAAUUACAAUUUCAAGAAGUCCAAUCAAUUGGAUCCUGUUUCCAUCGAUGCGAAAGAACGAGCUCUCAAAAUCAAGUUGUACGUCACCGCAGCAACAGCUCUCGACGAUAUUCUGUUCCGAAAAGUCGGUUCGGAUGAAAUCAUGAAAGACAAGGUUCGAUUUGAAGAGGUUUUCCUCGAGGAAUUGGGGAAGAAACUCAGGGAUGAAUCCUUGCUCAUUCCAACCAAUGACGGAAGGUCUAAUCCAUCUGGCAUUCUGGGAAAUGAGAACUCCAUCCCGAAUUCCCUCACAAUGGAAAAGGGCACUGGUGAAUCACUCAGCACCGCAGUGGAUCAUUACAUGGGACUCUUGAGCUCUGAGCAGAAUAGGAACCAUGGACCAAUUGGUACUCCCAUGCCCUUGUCUGACAGGAUGGAUGUUGGGGCAGUUGGCGGAUACUUGGUUGGAGGAACUGCUGGAGCAGUUGUUUUUCUAGCCAUCAUGUUUGUCAGCGCUCAUUGGCUCGAGGCCUGUGAACAGGACGCAGGCAGACUGCCAACCUGCUAGUUAUUCACAUUUUGAUGAUCAUUUUGUCGGUUAUCUUCCAUGUUAAAGGUAUUCCCAAAAUUUUUUUCUUCUGGAAAUGAAUCAAAUGAUAUCAAUAGAUACGGUCCAGAUCAUUCGUUUCACA